AUCAGUCAGCUUAUAUGAUCCUUAUUUCAUACUAUGGAUAAGAGCAACACCAACAUUGUUUUAAUUACAAUUCAAUCGAUACAAGAAACAAUUUCAAACCGUUUUGGACUUUGACGAAGCAUUUGUCGUUUAAAAGUGCAGAUGCUUUUUCUGUGUUGCUCUAAACCCUCCUGUGGCGGAAACGAAAGUUACGGCUUUGCAUGCGCUGAUCUAAUUGUUCAGCUCUUCAUCAACGCUGAGAUGUUUGCAAUUCCCUAAAAUGGCUAUGUCUUGUCGUGGACGUUCCGGUGAUGAAAUGAUGGUCUCCGGAAAUAAAAACGGCUGGUAAUUGUAGUCAAAGAUGAGGUUAGGUGUACAUGAGUGGUUUGAUGUUUGCGGUUCAUGGGUCGGAGGUAUGAAUCAUCUCGCUGACGUUCUUCGGCCUUUCGGGGCGCCGUGAGGUCACGACCCCUGUCAAACACUGCGUCUCGUGUCGAUGCGUUCAGAAACCCUGCGCAGAGAGCUUAUAAACGCUUCAGAUGGUCCUCCUGUCACACGAGAAGACUCGCUCACAACAGACAAUCGCUCUCAAAUCAGUCCUGCUCCUCGACACAAUGGUCCGAGAACGGGUCUUCCUGCUAACCGUGACCUGCUCCGUCUUGAUGUUGCUAGUGCGCUGCGAUGACUUUCUAGAGAUCCGCUCGCCAGGAGAUAACAUGAAGGCCCAAGAGGAGAAAGAACUGAUUGAGGCUCUUCAGGAAGUUCUUGAGAAACUGAGGAACAAACAGAUUCCCACGGCGGAGAAGAAGUUCGGGUGGGUUCCGUCGGGAAACAAACCAACUAAUAGGUCACCUCAAACAUUAAUAAUUCAUCAAAUCCAUUUCCAAUCCUGUUGUUUAAACAUUAAGAAACUUGAAGGGAUUGACUAAAGCCGCAAGCUCGCUCACGUCCCCCUAGACUCUAUAAUUUCUAUAGAGUCGGUCCAUAGACCUUAUUCACAACAGUGCCAUCUUUGGUGUUUAACAGGAAUGAAAGCGAACCCUUGAACUUACAUUAGUGUGAUAUAAAACUACCUAAAAUGACAGAAACAACUUAUUUGAGGUGUAAUUUGGUGUUUUAAUUUCGCUGGCAUCCCAUUAGAUUACAUGGAGACCUUUACUGCAGCCAGACACCAGGGGGCGCUAGAAAUAUUUUGGUUUACCUUACUUUUUAGGAUUUGUGGCAUGAGUCAGACACGAUAGAUAUACACUAGACCUCGCCUUGUCCACAGCGGUUCAUUUGAACGAAUGCGUGAAUAGAGCCGCCAUCACGGCACAGGGGAGCCCCUCCUCUUUAUGCAUCAGCGUCAA